CUCCUAGCCCAGGGCUUAGGCCCCUCCCUGAGCCUCCUGAGCUGAGGACGAAAGAAGAGGGAGGGUGACAGAAGGUUGCCCAGGACCUGGUCCCUGGGGCCUGGAAAGGAGUUGGGGCAGAAGACUAGACAGGGGGUCCAGACCCAGAGGGUUGAAAAGAGGAGCCUUGGGGGGCUUGGGAACACCCAAGCCCCUUGCCCUGCCCCCAUCCCUGGGGGUGCGGCCCUUAUCAAGCCGAGACGUCACCAUUUGGUAUCAAAUGCCAAAGUCUAAGCUGGGACCAUCUGCAGUGUCCCUGAUGACACUUGAUAGCAAGAUCGCUGGGUUCCCUGCUCCCAGGCACUUCCGGCACCCGGCACCCUGUGCCCUGGGCCACCCACCAAGUCUUCUUCCAGCCAGGACCAGCGAGGGAGCCGGGGAGCCGGGGCCCCCUCGACUCUGCCCCCGAAACUGGACUGGGCUCGCCUGACAACUGCUGGAGAUCCAGGCCUGGGCCUGGGUCUGUCCCUGCUAGAAAUCCAUGCCGAAUUCCCUCACGGGUGGCCAGGUCCCCCCCCCCACUCUGGACACAGUUGGCCUGGUGGACCGGAGUCUAGGAAAUGCAGGGACCUCCGGUUCUGCCCCAGUCUUGGAAGAGGGGGAGGUGGACCCCUGGGCUCUCCCUCAGCUGAAGGACACUGGCCAGUCCUGGAAAGAGCUCAGCGUGGCCGGAAGGGUGCUCCGCGUGGUCGUCGGCUUCCUCAAGGCUUGUGGGCUCCUGGGCAACCUUUAUCUUUUCAUCUGCUCCCUGGACAUCCUCAGCUCAGCCUUCCAGCUGCUGAGCAGCAAAAUGGCCGGAGACAUCUUUAAGGACAACGUGGUGCUGUCCAACCCCGUGGCAGGACUGGUCAUUGGCGUGCUGGUCACAGUGCUGGUCCAGAGCUCGAGCACGUCCUCCUCCAUCGUGGUCAGCAUGGUGGCCUCCAAAUUGCUGACCGUCCAGGCAUGCGUGCCCAUUAUCAUGGGUGUCAACGUGGGCACGUCCAUCACCAGCACCCUCGUCUCGAUGGCACAGUCGGGGGACCGGGAUGAGUUUCGGAGGGCCUUCGGAGGCUCGGCCGUCCACGGCAUCUUCAACUGGCUCACGGUGCUGAUCCUGCUGCCGCUGGAGAGCGCCACGGCCCUGCUGGAGAGGCUCAGCGGGCUGGCUCUGGGCGCAGGCGGCCUGCAGCCCGGGGGGCAGGCCCCCGACAUCCUCAAGGUGCUAACAAAGCCUCUCACACACCUCAUUGUGCAGCUGGACACCGAUAUGAUCACAAGCAGUGCCACAGGCAACGCCACCAAUGGCAGCAUCAUCAAGCGAUGGUGCGGUACCAGGGAGCUGACGAUUUCAGGGAACAGCAGCGACUGUGGACCCACUGCCUCUGGCCCCUGUCCUGAGAGCAAUAGCUCUGUGGUGGUGGAGCAGCUGCCCUGCCACCACCUGUUCGUGGGGACUGCGCUCACGGACCUGGCCGUGGGCUUCAUCUUGCUGGCCGCCUCCCUGCUCCUGCUCUCUACCUGCCUCGUGCUCAUCGUCAAGCUGCUUAACUCUGUGCUGCGCGGCCGCGUGGCCCAGGCUGUGAGGAAGGUCAUCAACGCGGACAUCCCCUUCCCGUUCGGCUGGCUCAGCGGCUACCUGGCCAUCCUCGUGGGCACCGGCCUGACCUUCGUGCUCCAGAGCAGCAGCGUCUUCACGGCAGCCAUAGUACCACUCAUGGGAGUUGGCGUGAUCAGCCUGGAGCGGGCGUACCCUCUCCUCCUGGGCUCCAACAUCGGCACGACCACCACAGCCCUGCUGGCCGCCCUGGCCAGCCCCGCAGACAUGCUGCUCAGUGCUCUCCAGGGACCCCGUGGACAUCUCUUGGACCUCCAGCCCCGUUUCCUCCCCUGGGACCAGAUCAUUCCAAGGAUCCUCUGGCCUUGGGCUGCUGUCUGCUCCUCCUUUCUGGCAGCCCCCAUCCAAACUCGCUCGAGGAACCCUUGUCCUCCAGCUCCAGCCCUGGCUGCUGGCUCCGUUCCUUCAAGGCAUCCUGGUCCUGGGGGGGCUCAAGGCCCUCGAGUCCACCAACUCUGGGAUGAACUCCCCCCACCCCAACAGCCAUGUAAACCCAACAGGUCCCUACUGGGACGGCCUGCCAUCUUCCGGCCGAAGUUCCGCCUCACCUGUGCUGGGGGCCCCAAGCUGCCCUUGCCCACAGCCACAGUUCUGCCUCCAGGACGCCUCCCUCUGGUCCCCUAGCCCUGUGCCCCACGCCCAGUCCUCUUAGCCCUGCUAAUUCCCUCUCUAAGUUGCUCUUUUGGUGGUCUGCGGCCCUGGCUCGAGUUUCUGUCCUCCACAGCCUCUAGCUAGGUGCCCAGAGAGGGGCAGAUCCUGCUGGGCUUCUACCCACAAGUCCUCCCUACCAUUCUCCUGCAUUUUUGCUUCUGUUCUGUCCACUCAGACCCUUUUGAUGCAGGGCCCUGGUCCACCCCCUCCAGGAAGCCCUCUGGACUGCACCUUCCACACUGACUCCUCAAGGCCGGCAGCCCCUGGCAGGAGCUCUGUUCCCUGCAUGCGUGGCCCUGCACCUCCUCCCCAUAGGAGCCCGGCCAGAGCCCAGGGCUGGGUGGCCAAGCCCACUCAUGGAUAAGCAGGAGCGGGGGCACUAGGCAGGAGAUGCAGGCAAGCUAAGCCGGCCCAGGGGAGGAGCAGACGCCGUCACUAGUGAUGUGCUUCCCCCACUAAGAGGCUAGACUCGGCUCCCAAACGCUAGGUGUGCUGUGGGGAGUGGGGCGGAACCAGAAGGCAUACCCAUGUCUGGCGGGGCUCUACCCUCUGAGGCGGCCCAUCGAGGCCAACAAGCGGACCUCCAACAGGCUUCAGACUUAGCACCCUCUGGCUGGGGCGGGGGGGUGGGGAGGAGUAACAGGGGUCUUGGGUAGCCUCCAGAGGACCUGCGUGCCAUGGGUCCCAGGCUCCUGAGCCCCGCCUGCGCUCUG